AUGGACUUCCUUAGAUUUAUAAUUUCGUACUUCGUUUCAAAAAAUCUUACAUUUUUGACUGCCUUCCUGUGCUGGAAGCCAGAUCAUGUGAACAAACUGGCGCAGUUUGGUCGUGAGGCAGGUGUGAGGCUGCGCAUCUAUCAGGACUUUCAGCAGCUACCCGAUUUGCCUCCAUAUCGCACAUUUAGAGAGGGAAUGUUACUCGACACCCUUUGUGAUAAUGCGACACUCGUGUUAGACAAAGCGUCAGAAAACCGUGCUUUCAAUUUGCGUCAUUCCUGGCUCCUGAUUGAUGAUUCUCCGCAUAACUUUAGUAAUGUGGAGCAAGUUUUAGAGAAUACUAUCAUCCUCCCCGAUGGAGACUUGACGUGGGCCUCGGCAGACGCGAUGUUCGAUGUGUACCGAGUGAAACUUGGUGAACAGCUUGUGGUAUCUAAUCUUGGACUUCCAAAAAGCCAAAAAGAGCUUCAGCAACUAUGGCUUAAGUUACCAACUGCUGUUACAAGAAGAAAAGAUUUAAAAAACGUUUAUUUGAAUUCGGCUACCAUUAUCAGCCAGCCUCAAUACUUCAAAGGAUGGUCGGAUUUAACAAAUCGACAGAUCGAUACAUUCCCAAAAUUGACGUACCCGUUGCUUAUGCUGUGUGGUGAAGAUUUACAUUUCAGGUUUAAUUUAAAACAAGUGGACUUGUACGGUGAAGAGCAUAACGGCACGUUCAACGGUCUGGUGGGGCGCAUGCAGCGCGGUGAGCUCGAAGUCGGCGUCACCUCCAUAUUCAUGCGCGCUGAUCGCUGGCGAGUUCUGCACUACUGUGCUGAGACCGUGGAGUUGAAGGGCGCUUUUUUGUUUCGUCAGCCGUCUCGCUCGGCGGUGUCGAACGUGUUCGCGCUGCCAUUUAGCCGCGGGGUGUGGGCAGCGUCGGCGGCGGUGUUCGCGGGCGCGGGCGCACUGCUGGCGCUGUUCGGAAGCGUUGCGCGGUGGUGUCGCGCGCCCGACCGCGCCGCACUCAGGCUUACAGUCACGGAGAGCUUUACGUAUGCGAUUGGCACCAUAUGCCAGCAAGGUUCAGAUUUAUCUCCUCAACUGUGGUCCAUCCGACUGCUUAUGUUUUGUACGCUCCUAGCUUCUCUCUUCGCGUUUACAUCGUACUCAGCAAAGAUUGUAGCGAUCUUGCAGGCUCCCAGCAAUGCGUUACGCAAAAUAGAUGAUCUCACUCACUCGCCCAUGGACCUCGGCGUGCAAGAAACUACUUACAAAAGAGUUUAUUUUGCUGAAAGCAAGGACCCGGCGACACAAAUGCUGUAUAGACGCAAGUUGCUGCCACUGGGCGAGCGCGCCUACCUAAGCGUUGUGGACGGCAUCGCGCGCGUGCGCUCGGGACUAUUUGCAUUUCAGGUAGAACAGAGCUCGGGCUAUGACAUUAUUAGCAAGACAUACACGGAGCGUGAAAAGUGCGGCUUAAAGGAGAUCAAGGCGUUCACGCUGCCCAUGGUGGCUGUACCCGUGCGCAAGCACUCAGGGUACAGGGACCUACUCGGCGCUAGACUGCGGUGGCAGCGUGAGGUGGGCCUGAUGGACCGCUUCCGCCGUGUGUGGAUGUGCGCGCGUCCAAAGUGCGAUGCGGGGCGCGGUGGCUUCGUGAGUGUGGGGCUAGUGGAUGUUCUCCCGGCUGCGCACGCGCUGCUCGUCGGAGCACUGCUCGCCGUUGCGCUGCUAGCUCUCGAGAAGUUACUACGCCGACGAGGAGCCGUUCAGCGCUCAAGAGCCUUAACUCAUGUUACAUAA